GUGAUAAUAUUAUCGAUGAGAAAAGUGAAUUAUCAGAAGAUUAAUAAAAUUGCAUUAACACUUAUCUAAUAUCUUUCAUAUUUAAAAUAUGUAUAGAUAUAGAUAAUGUUUUUGCACUUUCUUACAAUAUUUUCUGAUCUCAUUUAUAUCUGAAGUUUAUCACAGACUCUUAUCUUAUAAAAUAUAAUUGAUAUAUAUAUAUAUAUUGACGAAUAUAAAAGAAAUAAGAAAAGAAGAAGGAAAAUAAAAAUAAUAAUAAACAAAAGAAAAAGGAAGAAAGUAGUUCGUCAUAAUGAAAAUAGAGAACAACAGUGCUACGAAUCAAUUAAAUUCUGGAUUAGACGUCCAACGUUUGAGAAGUCCAAAAUGUGCGAGGUGUCGAAAUCACGGUGUCAUUUCUGGAUUGAAAGGUCAUAAAAGAUCGUGUGCUUGGAAGGAUUGCCGUUGUCCUUGUUGUUUAUUGGUUGUUGAAAGGCAAAGGGUAAUGGCAGCGCAGGUAGCUUUGCGUAGGCAACAACAAGCUCGUGACAAUUGUUUCGUUGACAAUAAUUUCGUUCAAUCGUCGCACAAUCAAGUACCGGUAGAUGUUAAUAGUAUUCCUAGAUUUAACGUUGCCAACGAUCUUGCAGCUGUUGCGAAAAUGAAUAAUAAUAAUAAAAGGACAUCUCAAAGAAAUUUUCAACAGCAUCAAAUGCACUUCACUCGUACCAGCAUCAGCGUCACCCAAGGAUUCUGCGGACUCGGUAGUGGUAAUCAUAACACCAUACCAGAAGUUUUUCCUUCGGAUAAUCGUUUACUCCCAUCUUUGCCGGCAGUUUCUCAAGGCCAAAAACAGGAUCUCGAAUCCACCGUAAGAUUUCAUUCAUUUCGUACGUUGUAUCCAACGAUUCCAUGGUUCAAUCGUAUCACAGAACCCAGAAGAUUACAGGACAAUAUUGAUGGUUUCAUUUCAACUGUUAAAGACUUUAAAAGUAAAACUUGUGUAGAUAAAAAAGCAGCUAUUUCUUUUAGCGUUGAAUCGAUUAUAGAAUCUUAA